AUGAAGAACUUAAGGGCAGGCUGCUCACCAAGGAGAUUACCCACAAGAACAAUUGGUCCCCUAGAAGAACCAAGCCUGACAGCGACUCAAAGCCAAGAGGAUGAGCAAGCUACUGAACUGGAGACACACCUAGAAGCGGAUAUUACUCCAAGAAGACACGAGCCUGCUUACUUGCACUUUAAGCCUCCAGCUAAAUCCUUCUUGCAAAUUCUACAAGGAACUAAGGAUGGAGCCUUGUUCAUCAUCUCAAGGCAACUCUAG